GGCAGUGGGGCGCUGACUGCGGCCGCUCGCAGCCUCGCUGGCUUGGCAAGCCCUGGCUCGGCUUUCGCAGCAGCCCUCGUGUUCCAGCCCUCGGCACAAGGCUGCGUUUUGAGAGAGGAAAUGUGGAAUUAAAAUGUAUUUUUGUGUCAAGCUUUGGGCACCGUGUCACGUCCUUUGGCGCUCACGUUUUUGGAUUGUAUUAAUAUGGGGGUUCUGACUGCCCAAAAGUUUAGCACCUCAUCGCACAACACGCAGAGAGCACCUGGCCCUACUGCUUCAGACCUGAUUUUAUACAUUGCACCUUUUCUUUGUGACAUACAGUAAAUAUUCAGCAAGCAGUGCAACAGAUGAACAAAUCUGUGUUUUACUGCUUUAUACAGAUUUGAGACCAGGCCUGCUUUCAGUUAUACCCAAGUGCCACUCUCUGUCUGUCAGCAGAGAUUAAGCAGUCUCUCUCUGUCAGUAGAUAGGUUGACCCCUCCUACUUUUGCUCAUUUCCUUGAAAUUGUUGUGUUUCUGAACCCAUUGAGUAAUAAAGGGAAUCUUCAGCAAAAUAAGAUUUAGAGGCUGCUAGACUUCCUUGUCAGCCCUGAAUUCCAGGCAGGUGCACCUGGCUGUCAGUAAAGAACUGGGUGAGGUUUUUGGCAGCUUCCAAGACAGCCAGACCCUGAAGGACUUUUCAGAGGAAUCUGGUUUCUUUGUGUCUACAGAGACAAAAUGGCAUAUCGAGACUUAGUGAGAGGCUGGCAUGAAGGAACUCUGGCUACGGAUAAGGGGGACUGGGACUCUGCCUUGAAAAUCUUCUCCAGUAUUGAAGAGCCGUCCUCCAGAAUCUAUUUCAACAUAGGCUGUGUGCAUCUCUUAACAGGGAACCACGAGGGAGCCUUGCAAGCCUUUGAUAAAACAGUUACCAAGGACAACCAUCUAGCUGUUGGAUACUUUCAAAGAGGAUUUGUCUGUCUGCAGUUAGAAAUGUAUGAAGAGGCUCUGUAUGACUGUAACAUGGCCCUCUCCCACCUAAGAAAUAACCCUUUCAUUGACUACAAACAGCUGGGAUUAAGGCACGUGCUGUAUGCCUGGGAGGUGCUGUACAAUACUGCAGCAGCACAGUGUCAGCUGGGGCUGUGGCAAGAAGCAAGAGUAACCCUGGAGGAUUCUCUCAGACAAGGGCCUGAAGGAAGAACCCCAAGUCUGGACGUUGCCCUGGAGCGGGUGCAGGAGCAUCUCUUCCUGGAGCCCAUACACGUCCCUCUGGGGAAAUUUUUCAGACCACGGAAGGAGGAAGUUGAGCAGCUGGAUUCAAAAGAUUUCCUGGGUAAACCCAAGGUGAUCUCCUCUGUCAUUCCCAAUGAUGAGUACAUCGGGUUUGAGCCUCUCAGGCCACAGAGACAGGGCUUUUAUGAACCCAGGGCCAGUGCUGUGCGCAAUGAUGACUCAGGCUACUGUCGAGUCCUGACUCAUUAUUACCCUGAGGACUCAGAAGAGCUGGUGGUGAAGGGCAGCACUGUUGUCUUUGUACUGACUAAAGGGACAGACGGCUGGGCUACAGCCAUACAUGAUGGACAGAAGCUGCGUAUCCCAACCUCUCACCUGGAGCCAGUUCCUGCCCCAACAAACGUCAGGAAUGGGAUCCCCCUGCCCCCUGUUAAAGUGCCCCCCAGCCGACCCCACUUGCAGGAAAUAGACCAGCAGCAGCCAGGGUCUGCUGAGGAAGAAGACAUUGCUGCAAAUCAUGCUGAUCCCAACGCAGACUUGCAGUGUCCCUGCACAGUGCAAGUGAACGAGGCGCUGGCCCUGUCAGACCUCAGGUCUCUGCUGAGGGAGACGCUCGGCCAGCAGGCGGAGCAUGGGAAGCUGAGCUGCAGGCUUGCAGAUGGCCAAGAGUCAGUUGUGAUUUCGGGAGACGAGGAGCUGGGGAAGAUGUGGCAGCAGGUGACAGAUGGGCCGCUGACGCUGUGGUGCCAGGGCACAGAUGCCUGUUCAGACAGACCGGUUCUCUACAGAAUGGUCGCACAUCACAGCUACACAGCACAAAGGCCGGAGGAUCUGGAAUUCAGUGAAGGGGACACGCUGGACGUUCUCUCGGAAGUGAACGAGGAAUGGCUGGAAGGCCACUGCAAUGGCCACUUUGGCAUUUUCCCCAAAUGCUUUGCUGCGCAGACCAGCUGUGGGGCUGCCCUCCCAUAGAGACGAGAUGCUGCUUCCUGCCAGGCACCACAAGACGCCAGCUGGGCUCUGGACCUCACCUCCUGUCUCCCACCGACAGCAGGAUGCGCUUGUGCCAAUUUCUUUGGAUCUGAGCAGCUGCCUACGCAGGCCCCUUCCCAGCUGGGACUCCAGCAGCCAGACAACUGGCUGGUUUGUUUCUGUAACAUUUUCUAUGGCCUGCUUCUGGCCCAGGAUUGAAAGUGAGAGAGCAGGUCUGGCCUGGGACUGGGGCUGAGGCGGGAUCUGGGUGCAAAGGGGGGAGGGUAUCGCGAAGGACCCUGAGAGGGGCUGGCACAGCGAGUGGAGUUUCCCAUCUCGGGCCCAGCCCCCGGCUUUGUGUGGCAGGAACUUGGGGCUCAAAGGCGCAGACUAAGUGAUGAAACGAACAGGCUCCUCCAGGGAUCUGUUAGUGGGAGGGGCCUGGCUCAGGCCUUAAGCCACGGUGGGGGGAGCUGGACCCUGCCAUCGCUGGAAAUGCCACGUUGCCAUGAAAUUACAGGGCUGGUACCAGCUGCCUCGGGCUCAGGGCUGUUGGCGGGCAGUGUAGCUGUCUGGGCUCGGGGCAGUUAAAUAGCUCCUGACCCCACAGGGCUGGCACAGUCUGCCAUGGGGGGCUAAUGACAGCACAUAUAGACACACUGCGGCCGGACUGUAGGAGGCAAUAUGCCACCUAGAGAGCCAGUGACAGGAAGGCAGGCCUGAGUCUCUGGGCCCUGCUCAGUGUAAAACCAGCACUGGUCUGGCUUGGGAUCAUUUCACCGCCCUUCGCACUGAUGUAAACAAGAGCGCAUGAAUCAGGCCCAGAAUGUGUGUAGUCCUCCAAGCCCCAUCCAUCUGCCAAGGCAAAGGGCCCAUGCCCGGACAUCUCGGGGGCGGGGAUUGUCCCAGUUAGGUCUGUGGAGUGGGGUGGAGGCUGGAGGAGGGAGGGCUGAUGGGAGCUGAGGCCCUGUGGGGAAAGCAGCCAGAGAAACAGACAUAGCAAAGCCCAGGGGAGCCAGAAGCUGGCAUGAGCCUGGGAGAGAGCAGGGCUCAUGGGAAGGGAUAAAAAUACCUUGGGGCAGGGCAUAGAGGCCUGUUUGCCCAAGGCCUCUGCUGUGCAAACAGGGUCCCAGGAACUGAGGGAGGGUUGCUGGGUACCAACGCUGGGGGCUCACUUGGUCCUUCAGCCUUGCAGUACAUGGGCCUCCAGGUGCUCCCUUGGCCUCUCUUCUGCCUGGCCCAAGCCUGUGGGGAGUUGUUCAUCCCUUCCUGGCUCGGGCCCUGGGGGACCACAAAGCACCCUUUUGUCCCAGACGUCAGGGCGGUUGUACGCGCCAGGUACGCCAGGCAGCCUUUCCCAGGAUGGGCCGCUGCUCUGUGGCUCUCCCCUGGCCCCGCCACUCACUGACACAGGCCUCUGCAAGGUGCAGGCUUUUCGCCAACAGCCUCCCAGAACAGGCUGAGCAGGACACUCCCUCCCUCCAGCCCCGGUCUCUACGCUGCCACAGACAGGCGCCCUGCUGCGAGGCCAGUCGCUGCCUGUACCUGGUGCAUGGAGUGGGGUUGUCUGGCCCACGUCCUGCUGCAGCGGCCUUGGCUGGCCCAGGCACACUAGCCGCAGACUGGAGGAGGGAGCUGCCAGCAAGGAGCCCUUGUUUCUCCCCCAAGAGCCUGAAUCUGUUCACCUUUGGGGGUGCUGUAAAACUGCCCCUCCUGCGGGCUGAGGGGGGGCUGGCUGAGAAUUCCUGGCGGGUCCCCUGGAGUCGGUGUGUUGGACAGGAGCCUGUGAUGCUGCUGGAGGGAGUGUGCCUGUGAAGAGGCGUGUCUGUGCGCAGAGCUGAGGCGUUGGGGACGGAAGGGCUAUUUCAAUCAAAUCUAGAAACCAGGCAGGGCCAGUGACAGGAGACUGCUCAUUAUUUUCUCGUCUGUGAAAUGCCAAUAAAUAGUUCUAAGAAAACAGACUUUGACCCUGAGAGACAGGCUGCUCCAUGACAAGCAUUUCCUGCUCCGGCUUCGGUGGGUGUGAGAGACGAGCGUUCCAGCUCUGCUGCAGGCCCGGGAAGCGACAGCCUAACACACAGAGCAAGCAGGCUUCUCCCCUAGCCCAGGACACAGGCCUGGUGGGGGGCAGGACUCCGAGGAGGCUGCCAUCUUCUCAGCAGAGUGCUGCCCACAGCUGCAGCCUCAUUUCAGGCACAAAAGGGCCAAGAGGCGGCAUGACUGGAAGGUGCAGAACACCUCCCAAUCUGCCUGCGCACUCGCCUCCCUCACACUCGGGAGCCGGACCUGCUGGUGUGGCUGGCUCCUGUUCCUUCUGUGUCGCCCAUCUCGCAGUGAGUGGUCAGCCGGCCAGACCUCUGUGUAACCACACCUGGACU